AUGUCUCAAGCCGAAUCAAGAGCAAUUAGAGCACAAAGAAGAGCCCUAGGAGAAGAGUUACAAACCAACAACAACAACACAGAAGCCUCUUCCAUUGAUGGAGAAGACUUACCUCCGGACGCUGAAGGCGACAUCAGCAUGGAUUCACUUACCACUGAACGAAAUGAAAUUGUCACUUCAUAUUUAGAUUUAGCGGGCACUCGAAAAGAAAGAAGAAAUGAUCUGGCUCAGCGGUAUCAUUUUAUGUGCGAUUGUUCACUUUGUAUGAAUUCAGAUCCCAAUGAAGUCGAUCCACGCGAAGCACUUAAAUGUCCUAAAUGUACCAGUUGGUUCUCACUCACGUGCCAACGAUUAGCGAUCAAGAAGUCUGGACAAGCACUUAAUCCUCAAAGAGAACCAGCCAAGGCAGCUUAUUAUGCUGAAUAA